AUUGUGCGUUCAUUUGUAUCUAUAAAACCAUAUAGUGCACUUGCACCGUAAAUAUUUAAUUGUUUUAAUAUUUAUUUCAAAAUGAGUGCUGAAAUUUAUUUGACGAGGUUUGAAGAAAACUGUUUGUUAACUCAACCAGAGAAAACUCCUCCCCCACAAAUAUCAAAUUUUUAUUGGAAAAAUGAUAAUGAAGAAAAGUUUAAGGUUUUUAUCACCACACCAAAUCGCUACGUUUAUUAUAAUCUAGAAGAAUACGUAGGAGACAUAGAAAUCAGUCAAAUCGAUGAAGGCGGAUGGAAAUGGGUGAGCAAAUGUGUACUGCUGUCUCUUACGGAUACGUACCCUGAAGAUCAACCGUUUAUUAAUCACAUGGAGCAUUUGAUCGCUAAUUUGAAUGCAUGGAAUAACAAUCAAUCGGUAAACGUUGGAUGUAAUAAAGAUCUGAAUAGAUCCUAUAAACUUACUAAGUACUUUGUGCAACGUAUUAUAAAUGUUCCACAGAAAUUAAGAGGGAGAUAUGCAGAAUUCAAAGGUGAAAUAACGGUGCAUCCUGACAAUGAUGCGUUAAAUGUAAUUCAUGCGAUGAAUAUUGGAUUCGAAUUAGCAGCAGAACGUUUUGCCAAUGAUCGAAAUCAUGGAGUUUAUGCUUAUGGACAAGGUCAUGGACAAUGAUGCUGAUCAUAGAGUGCUUAAUAUGGAAUAUAUGCAUAGUUCCAUUAUAAUAUUACCUAUAAAAAAUAAUAAUUUUUAGCACAAUAUUUUAUAUCAAGUUUAUGAUUUACAUAACUUUGCACGAUUAUUUCCACUAAAACUUUAACAAAAGGCACUUAUUUUAUAAAUAUUAUAAUCUACCUAUAUAUCAUUACGUAUACAGUGUUGUAAAGAUUUGAUUUAAAGUAUGAAAACAAUUUACUGAUAAGGAAUAUUUUGAUUUUAAAUUAUUUAAAAUCGUAGUAUUGGAUUUUUAAUUUAUAAAUUUUAUAAAUAAUAAAUAUUGAAUUCAAAACAUCAUAAAAACAUCAUAGGUAUAUCUAUAAUAGUAUAAUCAAUAUUAUAUUAUAACUAAUUUGUCUUAAAAAUUAGUUUUAUUUACAUGGACAACGACAGCGUAACAACUUAAUAUUACUACAAACAUACUCAUUUUAUAUUCUUCUAGAUAUUAGUCAAUUUUAUAGUAAAUACAAAUGUAAACUAAUUAUACAUUAUAUACAAUAUACAUAUUAUAUGGAAUUAAAAUAUUGUAGAUAUAAUUAUUAUCAAAACAAUAUUGUCAUUUAAAAAUAUAUAUCUAUAAAAU